AUGGAAGGUCAGCCUGGGUGCAUUGGGGGGCAUUCAAUCUGGAAGAUUGAGAACAUCUUGUGGUGGAAUACAGUGUGUGAGAAACAGCACAAGAAUGAAGGAAAAAUGUAUCCGCAGACAUGUGACAGCUGUGGAUCUGUAGAAAAUGCCCAGAUCUUCUGUCGUCUGCUGCACGCACAUCUUCUGACCUUUAAAAGAGCUGUUGACGAAAUGAGGGCUUCUUUGAUAUGCAGCUCAGUAAUACUACUCAUCUUUUCUCUGUGUGGAAUUCAGUCAUCAUUGGGUAUAGACGUUCUGGAGAACACUGCUCCAAAUUCUGAUCUGUUAAAAAGGGAACGGCGAGAUGAAGAGCCACAGUAUCCAGAUGAUAGCUAUGAUUCUGGUGAGCAAGAUCGCUGGCCAACAAUGGAGGAAUUGGCGAAGUACUCAAACAAUAGAUUAUCCACCAAAAGAGGAGGAGUUUUGAACGGCCCGGCUGGUCUGUAUGAUCUUAUGUCAUCAAAACGCAGACCCGAUAGGAGGACCAUUGACAGUCUUAAAGAUGCGUAUGUGGCCAAACUUCUGAAAAGACAUCGCAUGCCCCGGAGUUCAGAGGUGACCACAAUGGAGCCAGACAAAGAUCAACCAAUCUUUGAACGACUGAUCGUGAAUGAAAGUAAUGAUGACCUAUCUGAGUGA